AUGUGUAUGUUAUUCAAUUGCUACCUUAGCAAUACAGCCGCUUUUUUAAUCAAUAAACAAAUGUGGCGAGGGAUUGCUGCUACCUCUCAGUUCCAUCAUGACGACGCCUUCCGCUACCACUGCUCCUAUAGGCACUCGCAGCACAAACGGUCCAAGUGGAAUUUCUUGCCCUGUCUCGCCCUUUCUGUCCCCUUGAUCGCUUUUACUCGCCAAAAUGACGCCAGUGAGGAUGAUCACGACGAUGCCAGCAACAAAAGCAGUCUGGGUCUUUUCUCCACGGUGAUCUGUGCAACCGACCUGUCGCCUGAACGCCUGGCCGCAAUCAGGUCCCUCAACAUACUUUCCAAGGUUGUUGAAGAGGUCUCCCCUGCAGUAGUCUCGAUCACCGCCGUUGGGCACUUAUUCCAAGUACACGCCUCCACAGGCUCGGGUUUUAUUGUCGACAAUACCGGUCUGGUUAUUACAAACGCCCAUGUCGUGGGCUACAAGCAAGCCUUGAAGGUUUCUACUCCCAGUGGGCAAGAAUUCGGGGCCAGGGUUCUCGCUCUCGAUGUAAACUCGGAUUUGGCGCUUAUUCAGAUUUUGGCCGAUACUGAGACGCUGGCAAAGCUUCCAGUGCUUAAACUGGCAUCCGGAGAGCAGGCUAUUCGACCGGGAGAUUUCGUUAUCGCCCUGGGGAGUCCAUUGUCGCUCUCCAACACUGUCACCGCAGGUGUCGUCUCAGCUGUUGAUAGGGAUUUGGGCAACCGCACCGGUCUCAAGUACAUCCAAACCGACGCCAUUAUCACGUUUGGCAAUUCGGGUGGUCCACUGGUGAGCCUCUACGGUGAGGCGAUCGGAGUGAAUACGAUGAUAGCAGAUACGGGCCUGAGUUUCGCCAUCCCUAUCGACCAGGUGCAUCGCUUCUUAGCUACGGCGAAGGAGGCACUCGCGGCGGAGGAGGAGCAACGGCGCCAAGGCCGCUCUCGUAGUGCCUCAGAGCGCUCUCUAUCGCCGUCGCCACAGCCGCGCCGGUCAAAGUCGUGGCAGUGGUUUGGCAGCGGUAACGACGAGACAGCAAUGGGGCGGGAUGCCGCCUCUGUUAUUGUCGAAUCAGGAAAGAGACAGACCCGCUACUUAGGCCUGGUGAUGCGAACUCUCACACCCGAGUUGGUCGCCGAGUUGAUAUCACUGGGCCAUCUGCGUGCUGGUAGUGGUGUCGAUAGGGCUCACUGCACAGGUGUCUACAUUCAGGGUGUUAUUCGUAAUUCUCCGGCUGAAAGAGCCGACCUGAGGCCCGGAGAUGUGAUCAUCGCCAUUAAUGGCACCAAGAUAAUUAACGCGAAUGAAGUUGCGGAAAUUAUUAAGGAGCAGGAGAGCUUUUCGGUGACAGUACUUCGCAACGGUGAGCAGCUGGAGAUUGAUGACGUCAAAUCAGAGCCCGUCUAG